AUGGUCGCGACACGAAGGACCCCCGCCAAGGGCAAGGCCGAACCCGCCGCCAAGACCCCCGCCAAGAAGUCCGCGGCGGGAAAGAAGGGCGCCGCGGGCGCCAAGCUGGACCCGGACGGCAACGAGAUGACGCCCGUCUACUACCUCAGGCAGUACGUCGGCCUCUUCUUCACGCUCCUGUCCUUCGCGUUCAUCGCCUUCGCGGGGUACGCCACCCAGUACGGAUUCAGCAGCGCCAACAUCUUCCUCUACCCUGGGUGCGCGAUCGGGUUCGUCGGGCUGGCGUUCCACGAGCUCAGGCCGUACAAGACCAAGGCGCAGAUGACGUUCGAUCCCGCGGCCGUCGAGUACCGCAAAAAAGAGAUUGCGGAGGCGGAGAAGAGGGCGAAGAAGAGCAAGUAA